CAACCUUACAGAAAGCGCACUUAAAACCUCUCCUCUCUCUCUCUCUCUCUCUCUCUCUCUCAAGUCUUGUAGUUGUAUGUACACCCAACUAUGAAGUGAGAGGAGACUUGACUCUUGAGAGAAGAACAAAAUCUUUUCUUUCUUCACCAAAGUUUUCUUUUCUUUCUCUUUUUUCUUCAACAAAACUCUCUUUUUGCAGUUUUUUUUGACACUGAGCACACUUUUGUUGUUGCAUGUAUAGUGAGUUCUCUGGUGCUUAUUUUUAGAGAAUUUUAGUGGGUUUAUUCCUACUUUUUCUUGUUCAUUUUCUCUCCUUUUCUGUCGUUGGUCUUGCCUUCGUAUGUGCAUGCAUCUUAGUUUGUUUUGUUACUCUUUCUGGGUUCAAGCAUUUUUCAGCUUUGUACUUGUUUUGAUAAUUUGUUGAAAUCAUUUUAUCUUCAUUUGAAGAUUUUUUUUGGUUUGUUCUUUGGACACUUUAAUGGAGAGAUCCUACAAGGGUCUUUGUUGGUAGUAGCAUAAUUGAUUUGAUGUUGAUAAGCAGUGAUCUGCAACAAUUGUUUGUGGCCUGAGAAAGGAUGCCAAACCAGCUAUGGUUUACACUGCCAAUGAUUUGUCAGCGUGGAAGGAUUUUCCAAAGGGCCUCCGGGUUCUUCUUCUUGAUGAGGACAGCAGUUCUGCUGCUGAGAUAAAAUUAAAGCUUGAAGCAAUGGACUAUAUUGUUUCCGCAUUCUGCAAUGAGAAUGAAGCUAUGUCAGCAAUUUCAAACAAACCUGAAAGCUUCCAUGUUGCCAUUGUAGAGGUAAGUACAAGCAAUAGCAAUGGGAGAUUCAAGUUUCUUGAAGCUGCUAAGGACUUGCCUACCAUUAUGACUUCAAAUAUUCAUUGCUUGAGCACCAUGAUGAAGUGCAUAGCGCUAGGUGCAGUUGAAUUCCUUCGAAAACCACUCUCCGAGGAUAAACUCAAGAAUAUUUGGCAGCAUGUGGUUCAUAAGGCAUUCAAUGCUGAGGGAAGUGUCCUCUGCGAAUCGCUGAAGCCAGUCAAAGAAUCAGUGGUUUCCAUGCUGCAUCUCCAACUGGAAAAUGGAGAAUCCAAGAAUGAGAUCUCAGAGAAUACAGAAAUUAUUUCUCUGGUUCCUAAGAAUGAGAAUGAACUGUCGGAAGGGAGUGACAAGUAUCCUGCUCCUUCUACGCCACAAUUAAAACAGGGUGGACGAUUAUUGGAUGAUGUUGAUUGCCAAGAUAAUGCCAACAGCUUGACAGAGAAAGAAAGUGGGGAGCAAGAUGGGGAAUCUAAAUUUGUUGACAUUACUUGUGACAACUCAAUUGGUGAAGGGACGUUACAGGAAGACCAACCUCAGAGACCAAUGGAAACUGCGGUCAAAGAGGAGCAUGACUCAACUGAUGUGUCAAAAACUGAGUGCAUCACGUAUCCUCAACUUCAUGAUAAAGAAGGUCCCAAAAAUUCAAAUGGUGUUGUUGAAAAACGUAGUAAAGCUUCUGGACUUCAUAACUCUUGUGGGAUUAAAACUAAUCGAAAAAAGAUGAAGGUGGACUGGACACCUGAGCUGCACAAAAAAUUUGUGGCAGCUGUAGAGCACCUAGGUGUUGAUCAAGCCAUUCCUUCUCGGAUACUAGAGCUUAUGAAAGUGGAAGGGCUGACAAGGCAUAAUGUGGCAAGUCACCUCCAGAAAUAUCGAAUGCAUAAGAGACACAUCUUGCCCAAGGAUAAUGAUCGACGAUGGCCACAAUCAAGAGAUCACAUGCGCAGGAGUUAUUAUCCACAUAAACCUAUUAUGGCAUUUCCUCCAUAUCAUUCUAAUCCCGUUCUCCCUGCUGGUCCGGUCUAUCCUGUAUGGGGCGCACCAAGUAAUCACCCUGCUGGUGUCCAGAUGUGGGGCUCGCCUGGAUAUCCUUUGUGGCAACAGGCAGAAAGUUGGCAUUGGAAGCCUUAUCCUGGGAUGCCUGCUGAUGCAUGGGGUUGUCCUGUGAUGCCACCUCCUCAUGGUUCUUAUUCUUCUUACCCUCAAAAUACAUCUGGAUUUCAGAGUUCUGCUGUGGUCAAUAAUAGCUACAACAUGCCACAGAAUUCUGUGGAUUUCCAUCCGGCAGAGGAAGUUAUUGACAAGGUUGUGAAAGAGGCAAUAAGCAAGCCAUGGUUACCGUUGCCAUUGGGACUGAAGCCUCCAUCGGCAGAUAGUGUGCUAGCAGAGCUGUCGAGACAAGGCAUCUCCACAAUCCCUCCUCACAUCAACGGCUCUCAUUUAUGCUGAUGUUGCAUCACACCAUCAUGUUCCACCAUUAUUGAAAGAGGAUGUUGAGGAGCUGGACCACUCACCCAACCCCCACCUUUAAAAUUUGUUGGUCUUUGAGGCCACUUGAUACUACCAACUGGUAAAUAUCAUGUCACAACUCACACCUGGACACAACCAAAAAGUACUUUUCUGAGUCUGGUCUGAUCUCCGUUUGGGCAGGGAAAAAAAAGUUAACUUUCCAACUUAAAAACAAAAGUAACCAGAACCAACGACUUUGAAGUAGCCACGUGCAUGGAUGAAUAAUAUGUGGUUGUAAAUAGAUGCUAACAGUUGUAUGAUGUCGGGGCAUUGGGGAUGUAAAUUGUUUUUACUGAUAAGAGUAUUAUGGAAUAGGAGGGU